AUGGACACCCCAAAUUUUUUGUCUACUUCAUUACAUAUAAUGUCCUGCGUAGAGGUCCCCGUGCACAUUUUUGGAGCAUAUUGUAUUCUGUGUAAAACUCCGAUUACUAUGAAAUCAGUCAAGUGGUCAAUGUUAAACUUACACUUUUGGAGUGUUUUUCUUGACUUGACAAUUAGUAUAUUGGUGAUUCCAUAUAUAUUGUUCCCAGCAGUAGUUGGUAGAUCCUUAGGAUUAUUGGAAUUUGUUAAAGUUCCUCAAAAACUCCAGCUUUAUCUCAUCGUAUCCCUGUUUCCAACGGUCGGAGUUUCGAUCACUACACUUCUCGAAAAUCGGUACUAUCUGAUGUUUGCACGCUUCCGGAGAUGGAAAUAUUUUCGGACUCCGUUCCUUACCAGUUUAUAUCUGGCGUCAGCGUUCUGCUUUCUACCUUCUUAUUUAAUGAUUCCUGAGCAAGAGGCAGCGCUCGCGGAAGUUUUAGAGGGAAUACCCGAGCUCCGCGAGUACAUCAAAGAUUUCGACUUUCUAGUUCUCUCCUCAGAUUCUUAUGGGUUUUUUCUCACUCUUAUCAUUUUGAUUACCCUGGUCACUGCCACGUCACUAACAUUUGCCUGGCUUCUUCACGCUAAUAUAAGAGAUCGAGCAGGAAAUAAUGCUUCCAAGAGAACAGUGCAACUCCAACAAAUUUUUUUCAGAGCUAUUUUGAUUCAAACUUCAAUGCCAAUUUGUGUUCUUAUACUUCCAUGUUCCUACCUCGCAUUUUCAAUGUUCACGGGAUACUUUAACCAAGCAGCCAACAACCUGAGCUUCAUCAUCACAGCGUUUCAUGGAAUAUUUUCCACGGUCGUGAUGAUUAUGAAAGUUGCAAAUAUUGUGGGGAGUUGA